AUGGCUUCCAACAACGUCAUCGAGGACACACCAACCAAGUCCAAGUACGGGAACCUGUUGGACCAUCUUCUUUACAGCGGAGCGCUAGAGAAUUCCUCUUACCUGCACAAGGAAAUUGGCCCUAUCUCUCGAUCCAGGUCACCUGCAAUGUCACAGGUGGCACUGGUCCACCAGGCAGACUCUCGUCCCAACACUGCAACUUUGCCCGCAAGAUCAAGCGUUGUGAAUGACUUUGUUACCAAGGUCAACGAUGGUCUCAAGUGGAACGGCUGCAUCGCGGAUCAGGGUUUCGAUCAGAACAACGGAUAUGAAUGGGAUCUCGACGGAGAAUUACCCAUUCAAUUCACAGAGAAAAACAUGUUGCGGUCCGAUUUCAGAGAUAUGGUCAAGAUAGGAGAUGGCAACCAGCACAACGGCCAUUCUAUCGAGAUUGGAAGCGACUUUGCUGGCAUUCCGGUUAUGGAAGGCGAUCAAUGGACGCGCUGUAUCGCCAAGCGCGGUAUGGUAAAACACGAUGAAAAGACUUUUGGAAUACAGACUAAUGGUCUUAAGAUUAAGGUCAAGAAGGGAAGCCAGCUGUGA